AUGUCUGAACCGCAGCAGCUCUGUUUCGUCCCAUUUGACACCGUCGUGGACACAGCUUUUUGGCAUGCUCUUGCCAAACGAAAACUCGAGGACUACAAACUGCUGGAGGGACCUUUCCCAAUCACGGCAGAGUUUACCAGUGGAACUGCUCCCGGACUUACACCGCGCAUGAAUGUCGAUUUGAACAGUAUACAGAACCCUAGCAAUACCUCGUCACGGUGCAGUAAUUGUUUCCGAAUAGAGGGCUCGCUUUUCACCCUCAAUACCAUAGACCAGUUCAAGGAGCUCGACAAGCAAUCCUUUAUUGAUAAUUUUGGACGAGAACAGAUUGCGUCUGUUGUGACAGCCUCAACAAAGUUACCAGAUAAAGCAAAUCGACUUUUGCGAUUUCUUCUUCUCACCUACUGCGACCUUAAACAUCACAAAUUCUACUUCUGGUUUGCAUUCCCUUCACCGCUGCAACAACAAGGAUUUCAAAUUCUCAACCGAAAACCAAUUCUUGAGGAAUUUUCUCAGCCACAGGCCAGCACUUUUUUUGUUACAAUCACAUUUUCUAUCUUAAUACCGUGGCCUGUUGAAUCCUAUUGCCGAUUCAUUUAUGUGAAGUCCGUUGACGACUUGAUUCUUAGCAUAGAUAUGCAGGGAACAGAAACCCAGCUCGACAACUUGUUGGCCUCCUAUGACAAGUGGCGCGAACACUCCAAUGAUGUCUUCUUCAGCUUUCGGAUAGGAGCCGAUGGUGACGUCCGUGUCUUUAGUUUGUCUGAAUUUGAUGCCUGUCAGGAGAAUGACUACCUCGGCUUUUCGGAUCCUUCCUCGGACGCCGAUCACCCCGGCUGGCCACUACGCAACCUCUUAUUCGCGGUUUCUAGCACUCUAACCUCCUCGUCUCCAAAGGCUGUUAAGGUGCUAUGCUUUCGUGAUCGCUACGCGCAUGGUGAGCGCAUAUGUUCGCAUAGUUUCGUGCUACGCAUUCAGUUACUACAGAAGCCGUCUCCAUCAGAAACCAAAUUUGUUGGCUGGGAAAAGUGGCAAGGAAAGUUGCAGCCACGAAGGGUCAACUUGAGUUCCACCAUGGAUCCUGUCAAGUACGUUUUUAAUCUCUUUUUCACAGUACCUAAUAAAACUUUGUGUUUACAGUCAUGGCAACUUGAUAUGCGUGCAAAUAGAGAACCUCGGUCUCAUUAA